UCUAAGGAAUAAUCACAGUCAAGAUGAGCUAUGCGCCACCACCGCCGCCAACGGCAGCAACGUCCAGUGGACAUGGAACUGGAAAAACCAACGUGAGUGAGCUCCUGGCGCACAGCCAAGGCAUCAUGAGCUGGAGUGGAUGCGGUCGCUACUUGGCAGUGGCAAAGGAUACGCGAUUGUGUGUCCGCGACGUGACGAUGAACUUGAGCAUCGUCCAGCUGUAUACAUGUGUGGAUAUGAUAUCCGCCAUUCAAUGGGCGCCGCAUGACGAACACGAUACGGAAAGCAUGCGAUUGAUCUUUUGUGCCAUGUUUAAGCGCGCAAUUGUCCAAGUGUUUUCCAUUCUUGACCCGACAUGGCAUUGCAAGAUUGCCGAAGGGAUCUGCGGUCUCGUGGCAGCGAAAUGGACCCCCGAUACAAGGCACAUCAUCACCGUGUCAGACUUUCGCAUUCACGCCACUGUGUGGUCCCUCGUCGACACUACCAAGUAUGUGAUCCGACACCCCAAGCUCGGCGCCGAAGGCAUGACCUUUUCACCGGAUGGAACGUACUUGGCAGUCGCUGAGCGUUCUGAGUGCAAGGACGCAAUUGGAAUUUACAACGUCGAGUCGUGGGAGUUGGUGCGCCAUUUUGAUUGCGCCAGUUACGACAUGGUUGAAUUGUCAUGGUCGAUGGACGGCAGAGCGAUUGUAGUGCGGGAUACAUUUCUAGAGUACCGCGUGUUGUUUUACUCGAUUGAUGGCGAUUUGCUUCACCAGUUCGAGGCAUAUCAACAUGCGUUAGGCAUCAAGAGCAUGGUGUGGUCGCCAUCUGGCCAAUUCCUCGCUGUGGGGUCAUUCGACGAAAAAAUUCGACUCCUCAGCCACAUGCACUGGAAGUGCAUUGCCGAAUUGGACCAUCCCACGUUUAUUCCUUCCAGCACUUCUGGCAGCAAUGCGGAUAUUUACAAGCAAGACAAACGGUCCAAUGACUGGGCACUAGAAGGGCCACCGCACACGGUGACAUAUGUGUCGCCUGAUCCAUUAAAAGAAGUACCAAAAGUUGGCGUGGGGGUUUUGGCAUGGAGUCAUGACGCUGGAUACUUGGCGACCAAGAACGACGCGAUGCCAUACCACAUUUGGAUUUGGAAAACUGACACUAUGGCGUUGCACACUUUGCUAGUAAGCAGUUCACCAAUCAAAACAUUUCGAUGGAACCCAGUGAAGUCGUCUCUUGCGUUAGGAUGCGGAAACUCGAGGCUUUCAUUUUGGACUCCAAAUGGACUCACCUGGAUGGACCUUCCGGACGUCAAAAUUCUGGGGCUGCGGUGGCACCCGAAGGGGGACUUCGUUGUCGUGUUGGGCAAAACCGAUUUUUGUGUUGUUAACGUAUGAUAAACAACUUGUCUUGAGGGGUCACCACCACGUCCUCCGAAGGGUUCAAAAACAC